AAACAACUAAUCUCCCUUACUUCCAUGUCACAUUCUUUCUCUACCUUUCUAACUAUAUUUGCUUCAGCUAUCUGUUCAUUUCCUCCUAUAACAAUAUUCUUGUUCUUCUGGUAGCGGGAAAUGGAACUGCUUAUAUACACCAUUGUAGCCCUUCUCAGUAUUUUGAGAACAGUUGAGGGGUAUGGAAGUGGGUGGACUAAUGCUCAUGCCACUUUCUAUGGAGGGGGUGAUGCAUCUGGGACGAUGGGUGGGGCUUGUGGAUAUGGAAAUCUAUACAGUCAGGGUUAUGGAACAAACACAGCAGCAUUGAGUACAGCUCUUUUCAACAGUGGACUGAGCUGUGGAGCAUGCUUUGAGAUUAAAUGUGUAAAUGACAAUAAAUGGUGCUUACCAGGUUCUAUUAUAAUCACUGCAACUAAUUUUUGCCCACCAAACUUAGCCCUGCCCAAUAAUAAUGGAGGGUGGUGCAACCCUCCCCAGCAACACUUUGAUCUUUCUCAGCCUGUUUUCCAACGCAUCGCUCAAUAUAGAGCUGGUAUUGUCCCUGUUCAAUACAGAAGAGUUCCUUGCAGGAAGACAGGUGGAAUUAGAUUCACUAUCAAUGGGCAUUCCUACUUUAAUCUAGUGCUAAUAACAAAUGUUGGCGGAGCUGGUGAUAUUGUUGCUGUUUCCAUAAAGGGCUCUAAUACCAACUGGCAGGCCAUGUCCAGGAACUGGGGACAGAACUGGCAGAGCAGCUCCUACCUGAAUGGACAAUCCCUCUCUUUCAAAGUCACAACAAGUGAUGGACGAACUGUCAUCUCCAACAAUGCGGCUCCCUCUAACUGGGCUUUUGGCCAAACCUACACUGGAAUGCAAUUCUAGUUUUCUGAAUCCCACAGUCACCUAACCCUUAUUCAGAAUUUUAAUUAAUUAGCUAGCCCAUUACCUCUAACAAAAAUAUCCUUCUUACCAGUUAAUUUCUUUCCUUUUUAACUACUAGUCCUAUCAUAUACAAGUGUAUCUAGUAUAUAUAAAUAUAUAUAUAUAUAUAUGGUCAUGGGGAAGUCUAUUUUUUGUUUUUUGAAAAAUACACCCCAUAUGUAUGAGUUUGUUAGCAAGUUUGAGUUUGUAGUGAAGGGGGAUCUUCAAUGUUUUUUACCGUUCAAGUUUUAAUAUAUUGUAAUGUGUGUGAGUGGUGGGUAUGCUUUUGGCUGAGGUGAAGGAGGCUUAAACUUUUCACCCGCCUUGGAAAACAGUUUGAUUUGCAGUAUAAUAAGAGUGAAAGAGAGAAGAAUAGAUCACAGAUGUCAAAUUGCAAGUUUUUGUUUUUGUAAUAUGGCAUUGACUGAGGUAUAACAAAUUGUAUA